CGGUAACCGACCACAUACUUGUUUCAUUCUCAUUCUCUCUCUCUCUUCUCUUUGUUUGUCUCUCUCUCUGUCUACUCACUCAGAAAUCAUGCCAGAAUGGGUGGAGAAGUUGGGACAACUAGUUACAGUGGAGCCGGUCAUUUUCUGGUACAUGACCAGUACCUUCAUUGUGUCGCCUGCUUAUCAAACGCUGAUCAUCAACAAGGUCUGCUCUGAGCUCUUUCAGGACCAGUCCAUCUGUGUCAACCCCGAGCAACAUCACGAUGGGGACGAGGAGCUGCAGAGGCGGUCCUCCCUGGUCCUGCUGCUCUACUUGGCCGUCUUCAGCCUGGUGUCCAUCCCGCCGGCGCUGCUCCUGGGCUCGUGGUCAGACAGCGUCGGCCGCCGCUCCGUCAUGAUCCUCCCGUCCGCGUUGUCGCUGGCUGCGGGCGCCGUGUUCGUGUGCAUGAACGAGCUGCCGCAGAUGGGGGUGAUGUGGGUGCUGGCGGUGGCCGGCAUCGUUGGGCUCACCGGCGGCCACGUGUCCAUUUUCCUCAGCUGCUUCAGUUACCUGGCCGACGCCACGGCGGGCUGCCAGGCCGAGAGCCAAACGCGGACCGUCCGCAUGGCCGUGGCCGAGUCCAUGAUCUUCGUCGGCGGGAUGGUGGGCUUCCUUCUAGGCGGGUUUCUGGAGAAGGCCUACGGGCUAACGGCGGCAUUCAUCGCCUUCCUGGCCUGUCAUGUGAUCAUCAUCCUCUACAUUGUAUUAUGGCUCCGCAAUCCCAGGCGGCCCCCUAGUAGCCCCUUCUCAAAAGACGGGAUCACCAAGCGGGACAAUGAUGACACGGAGGUCGCGAAACUUCCAGGCUCUCAACUGUUCCUAGUGAGCUACCUGAAAAGGACCCUUUACUCUGUGUUCAAGAAGAGGCCGGGACAGGAGAGACAAAAGCUGCUCUUUCUCAUCCUCUGCUCCUUCCUAAACAACCUCAUGGCUGUGGGGGAACAGGCGAUCCUCCUCCUUUAUCUGAUGUACGAGCCUAGGGAGUUUGACACAGAGAUGUUUGGGAUCUUCAACUCUGUCAAGAUGUUGCUUCUGGGGGGUUGUCUGCUAGGCCUGUUCCCGGUGUUGUUACGCUGCCUGGGAGAGAUGACCCUGGCCAAGCUGAGUGUUGUGUUCAGGGCUGCCUCCUUUAUCCUCCUGGCCUUCUCAACCAACACGUGGAUGGUGUUCCUGGUGGCAGUGUUAGGAGCUCCUGCAGGAAUCAAUCAAGCUGUCAUCCGGUCCCUGUCCUCUGCUAUUGUGGAGCCAGAUGAGCAAGGUGCCAUGUUCUCCUUCACGGCGUCCGUGGAGGCCACCUGCUUGCUCUUCGCUGCCAUCAUCUUCAAUGGCCUCUACCCUCUGACCCUGCCGACCUUCCCCGGAAUGCCUUUUAUCAUCAUGGCCGGCUUCUGCCUGAUUGUGCUCAUCCUUACGCAAUGGAUCAGUGAGAUGCAACCCACUCAGCCACGUCAGGUGAUCCAGUAGACCUGGUCUAAGAAAAGACACCCGGGCCUGGGCUAAACGUCUGUCCUCUGGGCUGGGGCUGGAGUGAGCCUCCAUCCUUCUCCUCAUCUUCAGGUCUGAUAGAUAGAUAGAUAGAUACAUACAUACAUACAUACAUACAUACAUACAUACUUUAUUGAUCCCCAAGAGGAAAUUCAGGAUCCUACUGGAGGUGUUCAUGUGGUUUGCUGAAUGUGAAUGUGUUUUUUUUUUCCUGAUUGAGUACAAACACAUCACAAAUGAACCGCCGAUAUCACGUGUGUCAGAUGUUAGACACAUAGCUAAUUUAUUUCAGUCCAGUCAUUACAAGAUCAUAAAUUAUACACCUUAUUAAAUCAGUGAAAAUGAGAUGCAAUGAGAUAUAAUGAUGAGUGAAAUAUGUGAUGAGCACAAUAAUUUGCUAGACUCUUUUACUGCCAUGUCAAAUGCAUUGCACUUUAAUGUUUCACUAAUGUUACACAUCUAUCAGCAUAUACAGUACGAUCAACUUGCCAUAAUGUAUGUGCACUUAAAUGGAGGUUCCUGUUUAAUCAAUAUGUUUACAUUAUGAAUGUAAGAUGUGACACUGCAGCCUUUCUUGGCACUAUAUGAAUGGUCUGUAAAAUAACAACAUGAUUGAAUGUACAUUGAUGUAUAAAAUACUUUUUAAAGUAAUACACAAAGCAAUACUGCAGUAAUGAAUAAAGUUACUGAAUGUUA